AUCAGUUUGCCAGAGGCAUUUUUAACAGCAGACAUAAUCCUUAGUACGCUACAGAAUAUUGCAGAGGGGAUAGUGGUAUAUCCAAAGGUCAUUGAGAGAAGAGUCAACCAGGAGUUACCUUUCAUGGCUACAGAGAACAUCAUCAUGGCGAUGGUUAAAGCCGGAAGAAACAGACAGGAAUGUCAUGAACAGAUCCGUGUUUUGUCUCAGGAGGCGGGGCGUGUUGUAAAACAAGAAGGUGGUGAUAAUGACCUCACGGAACGGAUCAGGAAAUCCGACUAUUUUAAGCCAAUCCAUGGAGAACUGGAUUCUCUUCUGGAUCCAAAAACCUUCACAGGACGAGCUCCAGCUCAGGUAACAAAGUUCAUAGAAAUGGAGGUAGAACCAAACCUGAAGAAAUACGCAGAGAAACUUAAGGCAGGAGGAAAAGUGGAACUCAAUGUCUGAUUUGUUAUUGUUAGAUAAAAUGGACACUGAAGAGUUCUGUCAAGGGAAACUACUCCUGCUCAAAAAAAAAAAAAGAACUAAGAUGGGGGCAAGUAGUGUGUGUCAAAUCUGCAUCAAAUGAGGAUGUGAAAAGUGGGAUUUUUGUUGAUGCUUAUACGAUGAUGAUUGGCAAAAAUAUGGUGCCAUUUUUUUGUACUCUGUGCAUUUCUGUGCUUCUUAAUUUGGAAAUCAAUCAAAAUAAAAAAAAAAUUGUAAAAUUCUGCCUAGAGAAUAUUGAUAUUCUGAAAAUAAAAAAUUUAAAAAAAUUA